CCAUCCAUUUCACUUCCGUGUUAGAGUCAGAGACUGUUGAACACUAUACACAUCCCCCGUGUAUCAUUCUGUUGUUUUGGCCGACGAGCUGAAUUAAGGCGUUGUCUCCUAACCUGUUCAUCUGACCAAAAAUGUCGGGUGGAGCUAGUUUUAAAAGUCCCACAGGGACCCCAGCUGUUAUCAUUGACAAUGGUACAGGCUACACAAAAAUGGGAUUUGCUGGUAAUACAGAACCACAAUGGAUCAUUCCAUCAGCCAUUGGUGUGAAAGAGUCGGCCACAGUUGGUGACCGUUCCAUCCAGAGGCUUGGCAAGGGAGUAGAGGACCUUGAUUUCUACAUUGGUGAUGAAGCUCUAAACGCCCCGUCUUACUCUGUGAAGUGGCCCAUUCGACAUGGCGUGGUGGAAGACUGGGAUCUCAUGGAGAGAUUCAUGGAACAAGCAAUCUUCAAAUAUUUACGGUCAGAGCCAGAAGACCAUUUCUUCCUCCUUACGGAACCACCCCUUAACACUCCAGAAAACAGAGAAUAUACAGCAGAAAUUAUGUUUGAGUCUUUCAAUGUGCCCGGUUUAUAUAUUGCUGUACAGGCUGUGUUAGCUCUAGCUGCAUCUUGGACGUCUCGACAAGUAGGGGAGAGAACUCUAACAGGAACUGUGAUUGACUCGGGAGACGGUGUUACACACGUUAUACCAGUGGCAGAAGGCUAUGUGAUCGGUAGCUGUAUCAAACACAUCCCCAUCGCUGGACGGGACAUCACAUACUUUAUACAACAACUGCUGAGAGAGAGAGAAGUGGGCAUCCCACCAGAACAGUCCUUAGAAACGGCAAAAGCAAUAAAGGAGAAAUAUUCCUACGUUUGUCCAGACAUUGCUAAGGAGUUUGCUAAGUAUGACAAAGACCCUAGCAAGUGGAUGAAACGACACGAAAGCAUCAACAGCAUCACGAAGCAGAUAUUUGGCGUGGACGUCGGAUAUGAAAGAUUCCUCGGACCAGAAAUUUUCUUCCAUCCAGAGUUUUCCAAUCCAGAUUUCAUCACACCUAUCUCAGAGGUGGUUGAUACAGUGAUCCAGCACUGCCCCAUAGAUGUUCGGAGGGGUUUGUAUAAGAAUAUUGUCCUUUCUGGAGGCUCAACUAUGUUCAAAGACUUCGGUAAAAAGUUACAACGAGACGUGAAGCGAGUUGUGGACCACAGAUUAAAGAUUAGCGAGGAACUUAGCGGAGGGCGGAUAAAGCCCAAACCAAUCAAUGUACAAGUCGUGACUCACCAUAUGCAGAGAUAUGCAGUAUGGUUUGGUGGAAGUAUGCUAGCCUCAACUCCUGAAUUUUACCAAGUGUGCCACACAAAAGCCGACUAUGAUGAAUAUGGCCCAAGCAUAUGCAGACACAACCCAGUAUUCGGGACAAUGUCCUAACCAUAUCUGCCUCCUAGGAACAAAUUUAACACAACUCAUAGACUACAACAAUUUGCAUGCCAGCCUGGACCAAUCAACCAAAUUGUUGGGGAAUUUCGAGAGAUAUCUGACAUCCAUUUUGACUACUGCUGCUCCGGGUUGAUACCUUUUGCAGAGAACCCUGAGAAAACAUUUUCUUGUAAAUCAAUAUUUUAGUGAAUCGUAAAACUGUGAUAUAUUAACGUACAUCUUGUUGAAAAAUAAAAAAAGUCUGGAAGAGGUAUACCAAGUAUACAUUUUUGAAAUUAUAUACAGCUAAACUUUAAGUUGACGCAGGUAUUCAAACAGUAUCUGGACAAAUUUUACAUGUUCAGUUCUUUUAAACCAGUUAUUUAACAGAAUUUUUGGAUUAAAAAAACUUCAAAUAAUGUCUCAUUUUCUACUCCAGUCUUUAGCUUUGUUCACAGGAAAGAAUUUAAGAGAGGAUAGUAUUGUCGAAGUACAUUUAUACUGUAAAUGCUAUGAUUCAUAUGCAUGGCUUUUUAAUCAAGAUAUUUCAUGUGUUCUCAAAUUUACUGUCUAAGCAAAUUGUGGGCAUUGAAAACUGAUAAACUUUAUCAUAAUUUCAAUAUCACAUAUUAAGUAUAGAUAAGUUUAUGACAUGUUUUAUCAGGUCAAAGAUAUGAUAAAUCUGUGAUUGAUUUUGGUGCAUUUCCCCACUACUUGAUAUUUUGUAACGGAAUACAGCUGGUUACAGAUUCCGUAACCCUUCAGUCGUGUCCGUGUAGAUUUUCAGUAACAGAAAUGGGUUUCUUUUCUAGAUUUUACUAAUUGUGUAAUACGAUUAAACAUUAAAGUCUGGUAUGGGGAGUUUAAAUAUUGAGAUAGGCUCAGAACAAUUAACAAAGGGUUUGCUUGCCUUAACUACUGACUGGUGUUGAAAGAUUCCCCUGUUCAUGUGAUAAUGUUUAUGUUUGUGUUCUCCUUUGCCAAACAAUCAGGCCUAGCAUUGCCCUGUUAUUAAAAAUUGAAAUCAGUUUUCUUUUAAAAUAUUUAUAUUUUUCAAAAUUAAUCUGAAAACUAGUAUCUUUUAAUCAUGAUAACUUGCUAAUAUUUAUUUCGGUUUGAAAGGUUUGUAAUCGGUAAAUAGAUAAGGAUAACAUUUUUCAUAAUUUUGAAGUGAUUUACAGGAUUUUAGGUUUUAUUUGAAUAUGUAUAUAUUUUUUUCUGAAUUAUUUCACAAAUUUAAUUUAAUUCAACAGACUGAUAAAGGUUUUCAGUGUUUAAAUUCUUAGUGCUUUCUUAAAUAAAUCUAUGAUAUUCAUUGCUUUUCAGAAUAGCCUUGAAUUCCCUUCUGUUGCAAUAUAUGGCGAAAUACUAUUAAAGAUAUUAGCAUUAAUCUCGCAUGAAUUGUGUUUUAUGUUCAGUUCGAGAUUAGAUAACUUUGAAUAUGAUGAUGAUGAUACAUUCUGGUAUAUCCAAUCUAAACGUAGAACUGAGAUUUUAGAUUUGUAAUAUUUUGUUUGAGGUAUUUUCUGGAUGUAUGAGUUAAUGGGUUAGAUGUACUGAUAUUGUUAGCUAUAUAGUAUGAUACUUUUUUAAUAACAAGUAAAUACUGGUGGGGUUGGAAAGUGUUGUAUACAAAUUUCCAAAAUUACAACAUUCCAGACUCUUGUGCCAUUGGGAAUUAGAAUAGUGCUGGUACUUAGGAGUUCUUCAGAUUUAUGUCCAUGUAAUGAUCGACACUUAGGAUUUAUUAUAAACAUAAUUAGGACGUAUUGUGUAGGUAGGGGCUCACAAGUCGGGAUAUUGUCAGAUGUAAUUUACAACUACAGGCCAGGAUAGGUUAUGACACAUGAAAAUACAUGAUUUUCUCAACACCUGUGGGCUGGUUCCCAUUUUAGUUCAAGCUUCCCAUGAGUUGAACAAUCAAUGACAACAAAAAACAGAAAUGGAAGGAUUGUAGUCAGGCAUUCUUAACUAUAUUUUUCUGUUAUUAUAAAUUUGUUCCUUGCAAUCGUGUAGUCCUGAGUUUCCAUUAUCAGUAACUAUUUUCCAUUCAGUUUUUUGUCGGGAAGCUGUUUAAAACGUUUCCUGACUAGUGUAAGGUAGGCAGUAACAUGGAAAGGACAUAUCCACAUUGCCAAUAUUACACCAUCAGGUUCCUAUCAAACCUACCUUACAGAUAAUAUAUUUUAUUUCAUAUCAUAUUUAUGUUUAAUAUUGCCUAUAUUUUUUUAUCGCAAAAAUUCCUGUUAUUAUGCAGUCACGCCCACAUUAGUCGUCAUCGCAGCUGUAGAAGUUACACUCACUUACCGGUACUUGCCAGAGAAUGUAAGAAAGUGUAACUCACUGACUUUUGAGGAUGACACUAGUAUGUCCUAUUACAAAACGUAUAACCUUUGUAAUACGACCUAUUCAAAUUGUGAUGUCAUGUGUAGGAUCAAGAUGAUAUCUAAAAUUGAGAAGAAGAAAAAUUUGCAUUUUUGCAAAAUAUGUGAUUAAAUUAUCUUAAAACUCGUUAUUAUUUUAUAUGAGACCAAUAAAUCUCUUCUGAAAGCUUUCAUUUUAGGUAGACGUCCCUCAUAAAAUGAAAACUUCCAGAAUCUCAAAUAAAAAUAAUAUCAAACUUGGGGUAAUAAAUGCUAGGAAAUGUAGUGGCUAUGUAUUUCUUCCGCUUGUUAUUAUGUUUGUAUUUUAUAUUCAUGAAAAGGAUCAGCUUGUUAAGGAUGUAAUAAAUCUUUGUACCGAUAUUAUUGUAGGGAAUUGCAUUACGAAAAUUAAAUGCUUUUCACAUUUUCACACAAAACCAUAUUCUAUGAAAGUAGUAAUAUUUAUAAUAACAUAUGAUUACAAAUAUUAAGUUUGAUAUAUAUUGGUAUAGGUAACUUUUAUUGUUACCUAUUAGAUAUUGGAGAUGUUGCAAAACCUGAUUUUGGACUGUUCCAGAAUUAUCAGUAAGGGAGGGGUACAAGGCACUUUUUCUUGGUCCAACCACAAAUAAAAUUUUAAAAGUGAUCGUAAGCAAUGGUAGGCAGAUCAUCAUAACAUUUCAAUACAGGUGCUCCCACCUCCCCCCUACAAUAAACAAUGGAACAACCUUUAGGUUAUCUUGCAUAGCUGGUGAAAAUGAAUGUCUAAUGUAUUCUUUGGCCUCAUUUCAACAGAAAAAAACCUGUAUCAACCUUGUACAGUUAUGUAAGGACUGAAGAAAUUAAAUGUAACAAUUCUUCGUUUGGUUCGUUCCUGCCUUUUCACUCUUUGGCGAGGGUGCAAUUUCAUAUAAAGAAUUUAAUGUUUGAAUUAAAAUAUAUUGACUAAUGAAGAGAAAAAUUGCUAAUGAGAGGGUGUAUUAAAAAAAUGCUGAAAAAGUUUUGAAAUUAGCACAGGCAAAACAAUUUUUAAAAGAAAAUUGUAGUUUACAGGAAAGAAAGUGCUGCUUUCCUAUAUCACCAUGCUAUAUUGAUAUUAGAACAAAAAUGGUACACAGUGCUGUGUCAUUAUUUACAAGGUAUUCAUUCUGCUGUAUGUUGUUGUUUAUUUUUUCUAAAUUAUGAAAUAUGGCGAAUAUGUUCUAAUUAUUAUGAUUAAGGAAAUUAAUGUAGAACUUUCCCCUUUUGUUUUACAAAUCAAUGUGGUAACUUGAAUCUAGAACACUUUAAAAUACGUAAAAAUUGUAUACAGUAUAGUUUAUAUAAUAUAUGGACAACAAUAUUUACAGGAGAUAUUUUACAUGUAUAGUUUACCUACAUUUUUUGUUUACACAUUACAAAGUAGUAAACUUUUAUCACAGAACAUGGGGAAAUCUGCUAAUAUUUAUACUGUAUAAAAAAUAAAGUUUUGUUCUUCAGCUGGAACAUUGUAAGUAUACUGUACAAACUACCUUGGUAACAUUUGAUACAAAAUGAUAUGUAAAUAAAUGAAAUAAUAACAAAAA